GUCAUUCUCAAGGUUGAGCUAGAAAGGAGAUAUAGCUAUGUUACAUGUUACUGCUUUAUAUAAUCAGUCGUCUGGGGAUGUGCACUGAAUCUGGUAAGUUAUAAGCUUACUUGGUUUCUUCAUUCAUAAAAAGAAAUACAUAUAUUCAGUACAAAAUCAUCAAAACAUAUGUUUUGAUUUAAUACCCAGUCGGACAAAAAGCGGAACAGUGCGUCUAAAAGGGCGACAAAACUAAGAUUCAUAGUUUUAUCACACUAAAUAAUUUCGGAAAAUUUCUAUGGCAACUUUGGGAUUUUGAGGAAAAUACCACUAUUUCGAAAACAAUGUACAGGGACUACAGAAUCCACAUAUUUUAACGUAGAUAUCUUUCCAUUUCACUAGUAAUCAAGAUGAUAAUUAUAGUCUUUUUUGAUGUAAAUUAUAAAUCAAUAAGAAUAGAGUUCAUAAUUAAUACUUUUCUCCAUACUAGUCGCGUUAUAUACCUAUUCAGCAACUAUAAAGAGUGGUUCCCAGCUAGCAUUUUCUUCGGGCGUACUGCAGACUUUUCGGGGCAAAAAACUUCGGACGCAUUGCCGAUCCUGAGUAUUUGACCCGAGGACUGCCCCAAAAAGUCUGCAAUGCGCAAUUGCUACACUCUGGUUCCGAUGGCAAAUAUCAAUCCUUACUCUUCGGAAAUGAAUUUAUGUUUAGAAACUAGUUUAUUCUGUCGAAAAACAAUUCUCGCAGCAAAAAGAUGCCACAGUCCCUCAUAUGUGAAAGAUUAACGAUUUGACUGAUUGUCUGUAGGUAAUUUGACUGCGGUAUCUAUUCUUUAUGGUUGUCUCCUUUUCUUUCAUUUGUGUAUGAUUCCACUCCCAAUAUUUUGUAUUACACUCAACUCUCUUGCUGAGUCUUUCAUUUUUAGUGAACCUACUCUACAUAUCCUCUCAAUGAGCCUGCUAUGGCUCCCUCAAUUGUCUGUCGAGCUAACUGGAGGAUUGCGAGGAAAAUCGAAAUUCGCUAGUCCCAGCAAUGCCACUGCCUUGGUAAUAACCAUACAUUUCCUCCAAAAAUAAAUUAAUGUAACUACACUUAUUGUAUUCAGCAGCAGUAGAGAGUGCACAUUGUGCUAGAAUCCGCUGAAUAUUUAGAACCGUUUAGAAACGACAUGAAGGAAGCGUCAUGGAAUCAUAAGGUUUAUACAAGCUCGUCGAAAAGAUUUUGGAUUCUCCAAAAAUUUUAUAUUAAGCUUCCUGAAAUCCAAAGCUUACCAUAACGCCAGUAGAUACAUCAUUCGCAAUAACCACUGAAUUUGUGCCACAUAAUAACUGACGACUAACUAUGAACUCUCGUAUGGCUAUGGUGAUUUAUUCAAUUAAGUCAAAGAAUUCUAUUUUUAAGAAAAUGCGAGUUAGUUCUUUGCGUUUUGGUUCACGCAUAGUGGAUAAUUUGGACAAACUGAUGUCAUUUUCGUGUAAUAUAGACCCAUCAUUGUCAUGGUCUGCCAAAGGUUCUCUUAGCAAAAACAAAUGGAUACCUGUAACUCCACAAGCUGCUAGCGGCUUUCUUAUAUCUGAAUAUGACUCACCGUUGAAUUCCACUUGGUCUGUUGAUUUAGAGUUGGAGGAUGAUUGUGGUUCUGAAAAGUCGAAUAUUUCCUUUACUUUACAACCUGAUUAUCAAGAGGAUCAAGGUUUACUGUGUCUUCCAGUGUCUUCAGUUAACGGCACUUUAGAUGAAAUUUACUUAUAUUAUCUAUUUAUUUAUGGAUAUACACCACCUGAUUCGGAUUGUGGAGCACCUCUCACCUUAAAUCUUCCAUCAGUUACUCAAAAUGCAGUUCAUCAACCAAUGAUAGUCGGUCACGCUGGUGCCGGUGUAAGACGUGCACAUUACGGUAAGGGUCAACAAUGGCCUGAAAAUACUAUAUGCGCCUUUCAACGUGCUGAACAACUUGGCGUAAAAAUGGUGGAAUGUGAUGCAACUUUAACAAAAGACUUUGAAGUUGUUUUGCAUCAUAACUACACUCUAGGUGUUGUAGAACAGGUGAGAAAAUGUGAAAGUGAUCCAUCUACCUUCAAAUUAGAACAUAAACCUGAUGGUGCGGUGAACGAAAACAGUACAGAUUUGAUCGUAAAUUAUUCUUUAUCUGAAAUUCGUGAACUGUUAAGCAAGAUUGAUAGACCAGCAAACCUUGACACUGCUAAGGAGAAUAAAUAUCUUCAACCUCUAACUGGUAACGAUCCCACACCAAAUAUUCAUGGCGUUGAAGCUGCACCAGUCCCGCUAUUAAAGGAUGCAUUUCGGCAAACUUCUCCAAAUCUUGCCUUCAAUGUAGAGAUAAAAUAUCCACCGGAGACUCCAUUGAGUAUUAUUAUUGAAGAAUGUAACAAAAACAAAUCGAUAAAUUCUUCUUUACCAACGCCGUACACAUAUUUUUCUAAAAUAAAUAGAUUUUGCGACAAAAUAUUGGACACAAUAUGGUUAAAUGCUGGACGCAGAUACGUCAUUCUAUCUUCUUUCAAUCCAGAUAUAUGCUUAGCCUUGCGACUAAAGCAAUCUUUUCUACCAGUACUGUUUAUUUCACGCGGUGGAAUUCCGUGUGAUAAUAGUCACAGAACAGAUCCUCGACAUCAUAAUAUAUUCUCUGUUAUGAACUGGGCAGUUAUAAUGAAUUUCAGUGGAAUUGUUACAGUUGGAAAACAUUUUGAUUCGACAAACUGUGUUGAUAAAAUGCCACCGAAAUCUUUGACAGAUUUUUUGAACAGUAAACAACUAUCGUGUUUUGUUUAUGGUGAUGGUGUAUCAGAGAUGGAGUUUUUCAGAAAAGCAUCACAAUUCGGCUUGACAGGAGUAAUAGUCGAUAGAUUAGAUGAAUUUAUGCUUGAGUAUAACAAACAUUACAGUGGAACAAGCAACUAA